AUGCUCUACUUCGAAGAUGCCCUUUGGAUACGGGAAAACUUUUGGAGAGAUACCAUUGGAACACUCUAUUUUGUUCUUGGAUUCACUGGAAUUGCAUUCCACCUUGUUCUCAUAUCAAUUCUUCCUGAAAUCUCCAAUUUCAUUUCUCGACCAACCACUCUUAUCCUUUCGGCUCAAUUCAUAGCAUGCAUCAUUCAACUUUUUGUUGUCUUUGUUCCAGUACCAGCUAUGAUUGCUGUCAACCAACCAUAUUUCAUGAACCCAGUUAUGAUAAAUGUCCCUGCAUUUUUCUUGGUUUUAUUCCAAACUUUUGCGUUCAUUUUCAUGAUGAUAAAUGGAAUCCACAGAAGUUUGAAAAGUAUCUCACCAAGGAUAGGAAAGUUAAUAUUCCUGGACAAUGUAAUCUUUGGGACAAUGGUUUUCGUUUUCUGUGUCUCUUUCUUUUUCACAGUUAAUAUUUGUGCACAUACAACAAUUCGUCGAUUCAAUCCAUCUCAGCUGAACUGGAAGCUGCAGUACUUUGAAGUCAUCGCUUAUAUCUAUCUCGUGGCUCUCGUUAUAGUUCCAACUAUUAUCUGUCAUACUGUAUCUCUAGUGAAUCUCUCCUACAGACGACUAUUCCAAAAACCGACUUCAUCAGAAGAAAAUCUUGAAGAAGAGCUGGAUGAUUCAUCCAAGGAAACCAUUUGCUCUGUGUUCUUUUAUGCCAUUUUUGAUCUACUACACUGCUUCUGGAUAUGCUUGAGCUUUUUGUCUUCUGAUCCAAUUCUAUCAUUAUCAAAUGUGUUUCUAACAGCGUACUGGCCACUUUUGACAUCUAUUACUCUAGAUGUUCAUAUACGAUCGGCCCUGAUCUAUAGGACUCGAGGGGUCUUCCAAGCAGCGAACAGUCCAAUUGUUAUUCAACCCAAUAAAAAGGAACCGAAAUUUUCAAAGUUUUGA